UUUCUCAAAUAAAACAGGUAGAGUUGUUGUCUCUCGACACGCAAAAAUAAGGAUUCUUAUGGUAAAAUAUCGUUAACAUAAUAAACGUACAGUAUAUUUGAUCCACAGUGACCUUCAUGGCCCUGAAACAUGUAGUAAUAGGAGGUGGCACCGGAUUCAUUGGUAAGCGCUUGGUGCAAAUUCUCCGAGCCGAUGGAUACGACGUUACUACCAUCUCACGAAUGCCAGCAGUUAAACAUAUGACCUGGCAUGAUUUGGAGAAAGAUGGCCUCCCAGCAGGAACGUCGGCUGUGGUCAAUCUAGCCGGUCAAAAUGUGUUGGAUCCAACAAGACGAUGGACGUCAGGUUUCAAGCAGAAUGUCUGGAACUCAAGGAUCAACACAACGGCUGCCUGUGCCAGAGCCAUCGAGAAGGCCACGGUUAAGCCAAAAGUGUUUGUCAGUAUUUGCGGAGUAAGCCAUUACGCAGCAGGAUCGGAGCCGAAUACUGAAGAAUCGAAAACGGUUGAAUUCGACUUUAUGUCCCGAUUGUGUACGGAAUGGGAGAAAGCGGCAAACCUAUCGGAUAAUUCUAUCUGCCGUGUGGUGAAGGUUCGAAGCGGAGUCGUGAUUGGGCGGGAAGGUGGCAUGAUACAGUCGUUGAUUUUGCCGUUUUGGUUCGGACUGGGCGGCCCCAUUGCAGAUGGAAGUCAUGAUUUACCGUGGAUUCACAUACAGGAUAUUUGCCAUUUAAUAAAAUUCGCGAUUGAGAAACCGGAAGUCAGUGGAGUACUAAACGGAGUUGCUCCCCAGUUGAUUUCGAAUCGCGAUUUCACCAAGGCAUUUGCAUCCGCCUUGAUUCGUCCAGCAUUAUUUCCGUUGCCGGAAUUUGUCCUCAAUCUCAUUUUCAGCAAAGAACGUGCAGUUUUGCUGACCAAUGGCGCCAAAGUGGUGCCGAAACGUGUACAAGAAUAUGGAUAUGAGUACCAGUUUCCCGAUAUUCGUUCGGCUUGUAAGGAUGUGGCUAGAUUGUUUCCUUAAAACUGCAAUCUCAUUACCCAGCCUUUCAUUCAAUCACCAUAACUCAUUCACUUUGAAACGAAGACAAUGCGUUCACAAUUUACAAUAUCAAAUAAUAGAACAUGUCUGCUAGAAUA